AUGAGGAAUAUCAAAACUAUCGUGGUCGUAUGUUUGGUUGUGUUUGUGGUUUCGCUUAUUGUGGGAUACACCAAGUGGAACAUGAUACCGUCGUCAUCCCCUUCACCGAUCAAUAAGUAUGACUUAAGGAUACUGGUAAUCGUAUACAACCGUGCUCAAUCAAUGUUACGUCUGCUAAAUUCUAUCAAAGAGGCCAAUUUUGAUGGUGAUAACGUCAAACUGGAGGUGUGGAUUGACAGAUCGAAGGCAGGGGUUGUGGAUACAUUAACAGGAAAAACUGCGGAAGAGUUUGUAUUCAUGCACGGCCAUUAUGAGGUCUUAAAACAUUCACAGCAUGUCGGAAUAUACGGACAAUGGUUUGCGACGUGGAAACCAAGAGCGAACAGUUCUGAAAUCGCCAUGAUUCUUGAGGUUGACUUGACAGUUACUUUUCAUUUUUACAAAUACUUGAAAUUAGUGCAUAGUAAAUAUGACAACAUACCUGAAAUAAAGUUUAAGUACUUAAAGUGCUUUAAAAAUUGGUUUGCACAAGUGAAUCAAGACAAGACAUUUCAGCCGUACGUUGUCGGAAAUGUGGUUACCGUGUGGUAUAAGACGUUCCAGGCCCAGGGACACAAAGGUUUGACCGCUAAUUGGUUGGAGGCUGGGUUACACUAUUCUGGAAAUGCAAGCAAGCCAUCCGAUUACGAAAACCUUCCAGAUCAACCAAAACACAUUGACCUGAAGGGAGUUGUUCAAUAUUAA